UAAGUUCUGUCAUCAAGUGCAUCUGAGAUGCACGUGUUAAAAUCAAAACUUGACUCACACUGGCUUUAUCAAGAGUUGUAAAUAUCCCCGUAGCCUCGAUCACGAACUUAACACCAAAGUCAUUCCAUCCAAUUUUACUGGGCACCUUUUCCUGAGACGUUGAAAUUUUUCUCUCUUGCGAAUUGUGGGAUCAAGAAUGAAUAAUCCUCGAAUCAAGCAGAAUUAUCACAACACAAAUUACCUUCAAUGACAAGUGAGGACUCUUCGCAAGAUAUUGAUCCCGCAAACGGACCGUGUGUUGAAUCGUAUUUGAAAAGGUACACCAUGUAAUCUGCGGCAAUGUAAGGAUCGUUGAUGUGUCUCACCUGAGGAUUAACCGGAUAUUUUUCAUUCACGAUCAUGAAUCAAUUUGGGACAUAAAAUUGUCUCACGUCUAAACCAUUCUCGAGACAAGCUCUCAGACACAUUCGUCCGAUCCUGCCGAAACCGUUGAUCCCUAUGGCAGUCAUUUUAGGGGAUGAUUAUUCAAUGAAUAAUUCUAGAUCGUCAGUAAUGUUGAUUAUUCGCUCAUUCUGCAAAAAUUAAACACUGCCGAUAACUGUCAGAAAGCUGAACAACAGUACACUGACUGAAAAUUAGUUGGCCCUGCCACGUGGGUGUUUCAUAUUUGAAUCUGUUUUUAAAUGGCGUUUGGCACCAGCGAUCUCACGCUAUGUUCUCGUCGAUGAAUCGAUUACAUUUCUCAAGAUCUGAAUGCUUCGUACUGGUUCGCGAACACUGUCAACGCAUUUGCGUCCUCGUGGUCCAUGAAUCUGCCAGAUCGUUUUUUGGGUUGAUGCUGGAAAGUGUACCUUAGACACUGGUUGAAAAUAUUGUGCACUUAUUGUUAGGGAAACGGCAUAAGUCUAGACUGUUGGACAAAAAUACAACCGGGAACCACCCCUGUCUUGAAAAGACAACACCAUAACAAAUUGGGGGACAACAAACUUGGGUCAUCAUCAUGAAGAAAGAAACAGUAAACAAUAUGAUAAAGGCUUGCAUCGUAUCGCGUAAGGGUGGCGUUCUUCUGAAAGACAUUGACAGGGAGUACGAAAGUUUAGUAGGCGAACGUAUACCGUACACUGCGUUGGGAUACAAAACUUUGUUGGAUUACAUAACUUCAAUCGACUGCGUUGAUUUGAAACAGAAUUUUGUUGGGGACCAAGUGCUUUCCGUAUGUGAUCCGAAAAUCGCUCAUAUCGACAGUCUUGUUAAAAAGCAAAAGAAUCCUUCGAAUCGCGGACCGCCCAAGAAGAAAGGUUUCGGGAGAAAAAAUCGUUCCCCGGUACCUUAUUACAAGUCUAGCAGAUACGGUAAAAAAUCACCAGAUCAUCGUCCGCGUUAUAAAGAAUCCCGAAAUACCGCAGAAUUCGGACCCAACAAAUUUAAGAACAACACAAGGAUGGAGUACGCCCAAUCGAAGUGGUAUUCCGAUAGAAACUGUUUUAGAUCGAAGGAUUAUUGGACUAAGGAGAAAAAAGAGAGCAGGCAGAUAAAUCGUUUGGAUAAUUUCAAUGCUGGGAGACCAGGAAUGCAGUAUUACGACGAUGACUAUAACGAUAACUUUGGCAAAAAACAUUCUUCUAGGGACAGUUCGAAAAAUAAUUCCUGGAACUCCAAGUCGACGUCAAUCAGUAAUAUCGAAAUUGAAUCUACGUACAAUCCUGCAAGAUACCGUGAAUCUGAGCAAAAUUCAAACUGGCGAUUCCGGAUUCAGGUAGCUGAUGGUGGUUCAACAAUGGACGUAUCACUGCAGCCAUUGGUAAAUGGACACCAAUUAAUCGGUGAUGAUUUUUUUCUUCAAUUAGCAAAAAAAAAUCUUGGAGCUGAAACUUGGCGAGCAGAAGCUCGUAGUGCGAUCAAAUGCGGCUUAUGUAUUUCUGGUCAAACGAUCGACGAAUGUCGCCAAAGAUUGGAGAAGACCCAAUAUUUAUCCGGUAGCGUCGUGAUUUUAUUAGGCGCCGUUGAUAUAUUCAGAGGUAACAGUCUGGAUAGAAUGGUGACAGAGAUGAAGAGGCUGUUGGAGGUGUGUAGAAACAGAUUCAAUAUGUCCGAAAUAAUACUGUGCACGAUCCCUCCCCUGGCUAAUUACUCGGUAAAAUGCGACAUGAGAAAACUGUCCGUAUUUUAUUCGUUCAACAAUUGGAUCAGGCUGCAGGGAGAUUUCGUGUCCCAAUAUCAGUACAAAAUCAUCGACUUAUUUGAAAUAUUUACAACUGCGAAUCAUCGGACUCUGUAUGAUUACUUUCAAAGUGAUGCCACAACGGUGUCCGGGUGUCCCUACCCACAUGUGUUAUGGAAUAUCAGUGGACGCCGUGUAGUAAUUUCGCUACUGCAGCGUCUUUGAUCGGUGAGAAAUCAGAUCAGUAGAUUGUGUAUUGAAAACUCGUCGAAAUUUGUCGUGCAUGUCAAUUCAGUGCGACGUUUUAUAGAAUUCUGACAUAAAUUCUUUAAUCAUAGUAUAGAAUUUGAAAAUUUGGCAGUGUGUUUAGGUUCAGCAAUGUGUAAUUUUUUUAAUAUUUUUCUUGUAUUACAAUGAUGUUAAGAAAGCCAGACGCUUAUUAGACAAAUUUAUGAGGCGCUAUUUCCUAGAUUUAAGAAUUUAAUCGAGGCAUUUGGUAUUGAAUAAUUUAUUUGUAUAUAAUUUAUUUGUAGGAAUUUCUUGUAGCUAUAUAAACUUUAUCAUCAUGUUGAAUACGUUCAGAAAUUACGGAAUAUGCAGUUGUCUUACGACUAGUUUAAUGCACUAAUUCUAAGAUUACGAAAUUGUAUAUAAUAAUACUCUGUAUAUUCGCUGUUGGAAUUGCUAAUCACUCGGUGCGAACCAAUGAUUGUGAUAAUCAUUUUCGCGCAGUGCGCUCAUCAGCUCGAGUUUGACAUCAAUUAAAUAAUCUUUACAGUACAUUCUUGCCGA